AUGCUCCGUCAAACCAUCAUUGUCAAUGAAAGCGACUCUCCAUUGGCAUACAAGGCCAGGGAAGUCACUAAUCCAGUGAUGCAGUAUGUCAGUUCCUUUGACAACAACUUUGAGCGCAAGCAAAAGGUUGAAGUUUGGAAUGGUGCAAGUGGAAAGAAUGUUGAACCACUCCUUAGGUCCAUUCAAUCCUUUCGCAACAUCUCCUCAGAGUGGGGACUCAAUCAGGGUCGUCAGAAGAAGGCCUUGUUCAAGCAAUUCCUCACUGCUGAACCGCACAUGACCUAUCAGAGGAUUUCUGAUGCUCAUGGGAACUCAGUUCAGGACUUUGAAGAUUCUGUCGAUGAAUUCAUUUGCGAAUACACGGGCGAGAAUCCAAAGUAUCAGGCGAACAUGUAUCUCUUUGAUACUUCCAACCACAUUCGCAAACCAUAUAAUACUGAAAUUGGAAUUCACGCAAAUCGCUUAAAAACCCUAUUUAUGUAUCAUGAUAUGCUUCCUGGAAAUUGUUCCAACGUGAACGAUGAGAACAACCCGGGGCAAACUCGGAAGAGAAAGCUGGCACUGUUCCGCUCCUUUCCCCAAUUGAUUGGCAGGGAGAUUUUAUCAAUUCGCCGAAUGAUCCGGCGAACGACAAUAAUAUUACGUGGAAGGAUAUUGUCAGUUGGAUGA